CAUCACCAGUAGUGCUCUUCCAAUAGGAGAAGUAGUUGUGUAGAGUGCUGAACAAAGACUGAUAUAAAUUCGUUAAGAUUUUGUGCCGUAGGCAAGUGCUAACAAAGGAAACUGAAGAGAAAUAUAUUACAAGGAAUAUAUUUAAUUAUAUAAAUAUUUAUUUAUAUAUGUUUAUAUAAUUGAAUAUUUGAAAACAUAUAGUUAUCAAAAUGGAAAAAUUCCAUCAAGAUAUAUUGAAUGAAUUAAGAGAACAAAUCCUAGCUGACAUGGAUGUACGUAACGGAGUAUUACCUGUAUUAUCAGCUAAAUAUAUUUUAAAACAAGAAGACGUUAAAUAUAUUGAAACUGGUAUAAGUCUUAGAGAUAAGGCUGAACUUUUAUUAGAAAUUCUUCCAAAUCGAGGAGUAAAUGCAUUCAAUGCCUUUCGUGAAUCCUUAAGACAUCAUUACGGAUGGCUCAGCGCUGACAUGGAUGAUUUAGAAUUAAAAAAAACUGGUAGAAAUUCAGCUGAAUCUCUAAUUAUUCCACCCACAUCACCGUUGACAAUUAUUAGAGAUGAUAAGAUUAAACAGUUGGUAGAAGCAUUAAAUAAAUUAAACCCAGACGGAUAUCUAACUUUACAUGGAAUGAAAGGAUUUGGUAGAUCUUGUCUGACUGCUAGCACUUUAAAUAACACUAAAUUGGCAGAGGAGUUAUUUCAUAAUAAAAUUUACUGGCUUAAAUUUGGAUACGAUAAAAGAUGCAAAUAUAAAUACGAUGAUAAAUAUUCAUACGAGAAGUUUAUUGAGGAAGAAAUAACAAAACAAUUAAGUGGACUUUAUUAUCGUAUUACGAAUAAAGAGUUGUUAUCGGAGUCAUUAAAUAGUGAACUGUUUAAAAUAUUUUUAUUAAAUCAUUUUAGUAAAAAAGAAAAUCGUAAUGCUCUAUUGGUAUUGGAAGAUGUUUAUGAUAAAAGUUUUAUAGAAGCAUUUGAUUUUAAAUGCAAAACUCUUGUAAUAACUACUGAUUUAGAUGUUUUGGAUGGAAGGAGAGGAAUUGUGAUAAAGAUGGAUGAUGGCUUUACAGAAGCAGAAACUUUAGGUUUAUUUGCUAAAGUAUUAGAUACAAGUGUAGAUCAACUUCCUUUUGAAGCUAAAUUAAUUCAUAAAGAAUGCAAGGGUAUGCCAUUACUUAUAGCCAUGUUUUCAGCUAAUUUUGAAGAAUUUAAACAUGAUAUGAACAAACGUAAUGAUAGAUGGCAAUAUUAUCUAAAAUGCAUACAAAACAAAGAUAGGAAAAAUACAAUAAUCAACAAAUUCUUGGAAAAACAAGAAACUGUAUUUAAUAUGUCUAUCGAACGUUUACCACCACAUUUGAAAACAUGUUAUGAACAGUUAGCAAUAUUUAGCGAAGAUGUGAAUAUAACAUCGAAGACUUUAGAAAUUUUGUGGUCACACAAUUUAUUUGAAGUUGAAGAAAUGAUGUUAGAAUUGUGCCAUAAAUCCCUUGCAGUCAUGAAAUGGAAUGCUAACUUAGACUGUUAUAUAUAUGGAGUACAUGAUCUCUUAUUGUGCCACUUAAGAAGAAAAUUAGGGAUAAAUAAACUUACGGAGAUGCAUAAAAUGUUUAUUGAAAAAUAUCGCAAAUAUUGCAACAAUGACUUUUCGAAACUGCCAGAUGAUAAUUACAGUUAUUCCUAUAUUGGUCAUCAUUUAGAAUUAGCUAAAUUGUACAAUGAAUUUCCCACUCUCUACUUAGACUUCAACUUUCUUGAAGCAAAAUUAAACCACACUGGUUUAUGUGAUUUAUUAAUUGAUUUUAAUAAAUAUAAAAAAUAUAUAAUAACUAAUGAUAAUGAAAGUAAUAAUAAAGUAAACGAUUUAGAAAAGUUUUUUCAAGAACAAGCUAGUAAUAUAUCGAAACACAAGAGAAAAAAAUGUUUAGAUUUAAUACAAAUUGCUAUGAAUCACUUCCGUUCUGGAUAUGUGGUAGAUACUGCAACAAGUAUAGCUGAGAAAAGAAUAAACAAUUUAUAUUUAUCUCAAAAUACAAAAUUGCAACAAAAUAAUAUAACAGAAAGCGAAGAAGUUUGUACAGAGACGUAUACAACAUGUUUUACCGAUGAUCCAGAUGUUAUUUUAAUUGGAAAUAAAAUAGGUGAAGUAAUCCAAUGGCACUCUGAACAUAAAAAACAAAUAGUAUACAAAGUAUGUAAAAAAGAAUGUAUAAUCGAAAAAAUAGUAGUCUCUAAAAAUGGAGAAUUCUUUUUAACAUUAUGUAAUCGUAUUGUCAAAUUUUUUAAAUUAUACAGUAAUGAUUAUUAUAAUAAAUUUGAUACAAAUAUUCAAAGUCCAAAACAAAAGCAAGCCUUUUGGGAUAGUCUUUAUUCAAUUGAUGGACAUAACUGUUUAAAAACAUUUUCAAUUGAAAAUGAAACUAUAAAGGAUGUAGCAUUUGGACAUGACGAUAAACGUAUUGCAGCAUGCACUGACAAAGGAAUUAUUCAGGUUUGGGAUAUACAUGGAAAUAUUUUAACAAGUGUUAAACACAAGAAUAAUCACUUAGGAUAUAUCACAUUUACAACAAAAAGCUCUCUGUUACAUACAAUGGACUUAUCAAAUGAUACUCUUGUAACUUUUAGAAAAGAUAAUAAUGAAUACAGUUAUAAUUCGCAAUAUAAUCUACAAUUAUCAAAACAAAAAGUCAUUUUUUUCCACAACGUUCCAAAACAUGACAAUUCGUUGAUUAUAAUUACUGAAAAAAAAGCUAUUCACGUAAAAUGGUUUUGCCCGCCUACCGAUUACAUAAGUAAUUAUGAAAAAAAGGCAAAAGCUGAAAACGAUAAAACAAUCUACGUGUGUGCUUCCAUAACAUAUGAUGGCCUUUAUUUAGUGUUAGCGGAUUCAGAAGGCCUCGUAAAUGUUUGGAAAAUAGAUGGUGGAUUUCAUCCAAUUGCAGUAUAUAAAAGCCGUGUUGCAUCUUUAGAUACAUAUUGGUUAAAUAAAGAAGGUUAUCACUAUAUUUGCGGUAAUGAAAAUAAUUUAGUGCAUAAAUGGAAGUUCCCUGUAGAAGAAGCAUCCGAUGCUCAAGUGAGAAAUCUUCUGUUUGACGCACUUGUAAAACCAUUAGGAGAAGAAGAUCUAAUUGCAAAAACGACAAAUGUAAAUUCAAUUGUAGUAUUAUCUGAGAACAAUGUCAUAGCAGAAUUAAAUUCUAUUGAUGGAGAUAUAAUAAGUUUAAAACUUUCUCCUAAUGGUAACAAACUUGUUUACGUAACAAAACAAAGUAAAAAUGAAAUGGCUAUAUUAUUGGAUAUAGAAAGUAAGACAACUACUAACAUAUUGAAGGUAACUGGAGGAGGUGGAAAGUUUAUUAAAUUUUUAACCAUUGAAAAUGACGAAGUUAUCAUAUUCAGAGAGACGAAUGAUACUUUAAGAGUGUGGAAGAAUAAUAAAAUAUCAUAUUUGAUAGACAAUACAGGACCCAUUAUUUCAAUUCAUGAUGUACAUAACGAAUAUGUCAUAACAGUAGCGCAAAAUGGUGUGAUAAUUCUUUACAAUAUCAGUGGUACAAAAUGGACAAUAAUAAGUAAAGCAAUGGUUGAUAGUACGAUUGUAAACAUCUAUUUCAGUUGCUUCAGCCAUAGAAGACAAUUUUUGGCUUUGUUGAAUAAUAAUCAAGAUUUAUUUUUAUAUAAUCUGCAAGAAGACGAUACUGUAACACCACGGCGCAUAGUAAUAGAAUUAUAUUAUAAUCAAUCGUUUAAAGAAAAACCAACAUAUUGUGAUAUUUCGCAAGAUCAAAAAUAUUUGGCGAUUGGGUUCAAAACAGGAAGUAUUGCAAUAAUUGACAUAGAAGAACAAAGAGUUUUGCGAACGCUCUAUUUUCAUACUAGUGCAAUUACCCAAUUAAAUUGGGCACCAGUUACCACUGAAGCUCCUCUCCUAUUGUCAUUAAAUGGAGAUGAAUUAGCUUGGUGGAAUGUUCAAUUAACUGAUCACAGUACACAACAAAUACGUCGAAGUCGUUACGGCUUAGUACGCAGCAUCAGUACACCUUCUGCUAGUACUUUUAACAAUAAUAACAUAGAUGUAUCGUCUCUUCAUAUAUCAAAUUCAUCGACCGGAAUAUUGGAAAAGUAUGAGGAGUUAAAUAAAACUGAAUAUUUAUCUUCAUAUUGGAAAUGCAAAGUAGGAAGAGAUGGUAAAAAACCAGAAUUAUUAGGUGCUCUAGAAUUAACACCAAGCUGUAUUCCGAAAGUAUGUAUAUCCGCAGACUUUAGUAAAUUUGUUACAGUCGACAUCUAUGGGUCUGUGAGUACUUUCAAACUGUUUGAUUAUUUGCAUGUUAAAUAGUGCAAUGAUAUAGAUUUGUUAUAUAAAAUGGUGCAAUUAUGCAUUUACACAUAUCAUUUUAUAUUAAUGAAUAUUACUGUUAAUGUUUGAAAACAUUAAUGAGUCAUAUGAUAGCUUCAUAAUUAUAUAGAGUUUUUAUAUAAUUAUGUACAAAUUUGACGUUUUAUAACUGUAAAGUUAUCGUUUAGCAUUUUAUACUGCAAAUGCAAUUCCUUCAGUUUAUUGUUGGUCAACUUGUUAUACUUUAACUGCAGUAAUAUAUUUUUUUUCAAAACUAUAAAGUUAUAUUUCUACUCUAAAAAAUAGUAUUAUUUUUAAUAUUUUUGUAACUAAGCUAAACAAGUUGUCAACACUUUGGAAGGAAUUCAUAACGAUAAUAGCAAAAUUUACAUUAUAAGAUAAAUAUUCAUAUAUGAACAGAAUUUUUACAUUUAAGACUAUAAAAAAAGACUACUGAUUUGCAUUUAUUACUUAUAAGACGUUAACGUCAUU